CGGAAGAGGAAUAUCCGCUUUCUUCCGGACGGAAUGGCGUCGUCCGUUCUGCGUUUUGCCAGGCGUUUAUUCGUGCACAAAAGCCCGAUCAUAGUUGCUCAUCCAGGAAUGUGGCCCACCCCCAUGUUCGGGGCAUGAAAGCGAUCGCCUCAACCGAUUCAAUGAAAGUUCAAGGAGCCAUUGUUAUAUUGAAACAAGCAGACUUCCUUUUGCUCUUCUGGAUCUUAUCACACGUUGGACCUUGUGAUAAGGACAUGUUGUGUGCGUAACAGAUUCCACUCAAGUGCCAUCAUGAAGGAAAUGCUGCUAUGAGCGCAAGAUGGCACGAUGUCAUUCUUCAGAGAAUCUCCUUUUAUCUCGAGACUUAGCACCUUUGGGAACACGCUUUUUGGAACACAGUGUAGCACUGGUGCAUGAUCUGCGAGACACUGUGACUGCUUUCCGAGUCGUACGCAGGAAUCAUGCAGUAGCUGGUCAAACUGGCAACCGGUUGAGCAGCUCCUGCCCUUCAAUACCAUCCGCAACAGGCAAGGAGGCUGUGGGCUCUAUUCUCGACGGGCGCCGCCACCAGUCCACUGAUGACACUCGUUCGGAAGUCAAGAUUCGCGUCAAUGACAUCACGCCGGCCACUUCGCAGGAGUUCCUACUGCUUCACGGGGGUCUGUCCUGUCCGUCGAGCCGUCGUUCUUCGGGGGCAUCCAGUGAAGACCUGUAUGGCGAACGACGCAAGAGCUGGUCAGAACCAAAACAUCUGCAAAGAAGCAUUAGCCUUAACAGCCUGGACUCUGAAGGCGAUGUCUUGCAGGAUAGCUUGGAAGUCCUUGCUCUACGGCAGAGGAAUAGAUCAGCCAGUACCGGGGAGGCACUUGGGUCGAGUUACCCGCUUGGGGAUGCUAAAAAGGAAGAGCAUAAAACGUUCCCUAAAAAGGGAGCCCUGUCAACUGCUUCGCAGCUCCUCAAGUCUAUUUCCACACCAUCCAUUGUUGCAGCACAAGAUCCUGCAUGUAUCAGAGAAGCACUUGACCGCAGAGAGAAGUGGACGCAACUAGUGCGCUCCGCUGCCUUGCUAGUGGCGGAAGAGGAAGAUGAGCCAGAGGGUCAGCCUUUUUCCCUCGCUGCAGUUCUCAGGGAGGCUGUUGCAGAUAGUGAUGAUGAAAAGUCUUUUACCAAACGAAAAAAGAGGGGCAGCCUUUUCUUCAGGAAAAGAAAGGGUCGAGAGAAGGACCACAGACAGAUGGGACACCAGUUUGUGGCUGUCCUUUUCGACACCUGGACGUUGUGUCAUGCAUGUGGAAAGCCCCUGGUCAACAAACCGGCACUCAAGUGUGAUAUCUGCCUCGUGACUGUUCAUGACAGUGGCUGUAAAGAUCAGGUCAUGGAUUGCACAAAGCUCAAGUCGAACAAGGCGAAUCAGUCCAGGGCCAGCAUUCCAGUUGGACAACACUUGCAAAGUGCCAAGAGCAGAGAAAGGAAGGGUUCCAAGACACAGGUUGAGGGCUUGUCUAGCAGCGCUUCUUCACCCACUCUGCCACGCAAAAACAGUGCAACCAGUUACUCUCAGUGGAGGAGGGCAGCUACAAAGCUAGGGGUCAACUCCACUGCUCCCAACAAGGUUGGUGACGACAGCGGAACUCCAGACGGCCCUUCCAACACCACCGAAACUGGCUCAAUAGAGUCCCUCGAAGAAGGUGGGCUAGACGAUUUUGAAGAUGAUCCCCUGCUGAGAUUAACGGAAGAAGAACCUGGAGUGUGGAGUACCACUGCUGACUCAUCGGUGUUAAAGAGACUGAAAGAAAAGGAAGUGAAGCAGCAAGAAGCCAUUUAUGAAUUGAUCAUCACGGAGAAACAUCACUGUCUAACCCUGAAAAUCAUGCAAAAGGUGUUUGCCGAGGGGAUGUUGAAGGAGCUAAGCAUGGGGAAAGACCUGGUGGAAAAGAUGUUCCCUUCCGUGGAGCAGUUGCUCGAUGUGCACUUGACGUUCCUCAAAGAGUUGCGGUGCAGGCAGAUGCAAGGACCUGUUGUCCAAGGAAUCGGGGAUUUGCUCCUUUCGCAGUUUCAGGGUCAACGUGGGGAGCAGUUGCGCAAUGCUUAUGGCCAGUUUUGCAGCCGCCACAAAGAAGCUGUCGCUUUGUACAAAGAUAUUCUAAAGACAGACAAGAAAUUCCAGCUGUUCGUUAGGAAAUGCAGCCUGAAGCCACUAUGUAAAACACGAGGCAUCCCGGAAUGUAUCCUGUUGGUCACACAAAGAGUUACCAAGUACCCACUGCUAAUUGACUCGCUACUAAAAGCUACCAAAGAUAAGACAGAAAAGGAAAACUUAGAACAUGCUCAAGCCUUGGUGAAGGAAAUGAUCAACCAGGUAGACGCACAAGUACACCAAGAAGAGAGGAAAGAGCGUUUACUCGAUAUCUACAACAGAGUCGAUGCAAAGUCCACAGCAUAUUACCGCGGAAAAAAGUUUAAGAAAUCUGACCUGCUGUCUAAUAGUAGAAAACUACUGUAUGAGGGCAACAUCUGCUUGAAGAAUGGCGUGGGAAAACAGCUGGAUGUCAUCGUGGUUGUGCUGUCAGAUGUGAUGUUCUUCCUACAAGAAAGCAACCAGAAAUAUGUGUUUGCUGCCUUCGACAACAAGUCGACUGUGAUAUCGCUGCAAAAGCUUUUGUUGCGAGAACGUGCUGGUCAGGAAUCCCGAGGCAUCUACCUUAUCUCUUCGCUGCCCGACAAGCCCGAGAUGUACGAGCUCGUCUGUUCCAGUCCUAGGGAUAAACGUACCUGGAUGCACAUCCUCAGAGAAGCCAUUCAAGCAUGUCCAGAGGUGUCCAGUGAAACUGAAGAAGAAAACAAGUUUGAGGAAGCCCGCAAUGCUAAGCUGAAAGAACUCUCAUUGCUCUUGUACGAGAAGGAUCAGGUACUGGUCCAGGCCUGGGAGGAAAAAAUGCAAAUUCUCGUUGAGAUGCUUGAAACCCUCGGGGUAGAGCAACAAGCCAUAGAGAAGAUGAAUCCGGACCAGUUCAAGUACGGAAAGCUGCUGGAAGUAGAUGACUUAGAAGAUGCUAAACGUUUGAUGCUAAGUGCUGCGAGUGAAGUGGGGCGUCUGUCACACAGCCUGUAUGCAUCCACCAGCCUCAGUCGGAGCGUCAGUAGCGCUGGAGAGCACCAGAGUGACCACUACGUGCCACCACUCCUACCUAAACGGGCAGAGACGUUUGCGGGCUUUGACCAGGCUAGCAAAGCCCUGAAAAAAAGGCUAUCCAUGUUAGGCGAGUGCACAUCUAAAUUGAGCAACGAACCUGAUCCUACCUCUCACCUGCAAGUCAAGGGCAUUGAAAUGCGAAGGUGCAGCUCGCCACUGCCAGUAAAGAUACCAUCUAGUCCAGAGCACCGACGGAGUAUUGCAGGACUCGAGUCACUCAGUUCUACUCCCAUCCUUGUGGCCCAGGGCAAGGAACAGCUGACAGCCAUUGUCCAGCUCACCCAUCAACUGCACUCAGUUAUGUGCCUCUAUUCACACAGUAUGUCUCUUGCACAGAGGCUACAGAGUGAAGUAAGUGAACUGCAAGAAAAGCUUGGCCGCCGUCAACAACCCCAGAAGCUGGAAGAGCUGCGCAACCUGCAGGAGCAACUGAGACACGAACGUGCCCAGUGGCAACAACAAUGCCAGGAACAGCAGGCGCACUUGGAUGCUCAGCAACAACAGGUCACACUCAUGCAGGAACAAGUGAAGAAAGAUGCAGCCGAUGUGGCUGAGCAGAGGGAAUCACUCUUCCGUCAGUUAGAAGCCCUGCAGCACAGAGACCCCGUGGUCCCGUUGCGCACACGAAGAGUUCGUCCCAUGGAGGUGCAGCAGCUGUUACCACUUAAGUUGUCUGGGAAUCAUCCCGUUCACAUACGGGCAGGUUCCAGUCCAGCAAAAGUGCGUUAUACUCCACAAGAUGGAUCAUCGAAAGCAGAAAGUGACCAGGAGAUAUUUUGUUGAAAUCUUUUUCCCAUCCAGUGGUACCCGACCACAUGCUCAACCCGUUUGCCCACAUUGUACCUGGUGUCUAGCAUUCGGAAAUUUCAAAAUUCCAGAAUACACUAUUUUUCUAGGAUGAGGCUCAGACACUUAUUAAUGUUGCCCCCCCUCUGGAGCUCAAUGCAUUAAAGGUUGAAUACUCCGUGCUGAAUAAUGUCAAAACAUAGAGCAUUCGUGAAUACUAACUGUUGUGACCCCCCGAAGGACACUCCCGCCAAAAGUCCCCUAUGCAGAAACAUUGUGGCCUUGAAACCCCAAUGUUUGUUACUGCUGUUGCAGCAAUCAUAUUUUGUACUUGUAUUGUGCUUUCAGUAUUUUGUACUUGCACUUUUGCACUGUUCCUCACUAUGAGCAAUAUGUGAUGCCAAGAAAUGCAAUAUUUUGUGGUCACUCACUGUGUUGCCUGUACAUUGUAAAAAGAUACCUUUGUGUGCAACUAUGUGACUAUUACAUAGUUUUCUGACAACUUAAGCAGGGUGAUUAGCUGCAUGGUUGUGCUGACCAAGAAUAUAAAUAAAAUGUUGAAAUCUU